AUGACAUCUGCAAUAAAAUCCGGGCGUAUUCUUAUCGGCAUUGGCAGGUUCAUCACCGCGUAUAGGAGCUGCGGAGUGAUAGCUUCAAAGAGAAAUUACACCAAUGAGGGGGGCAGCAAAAUACCCAAAAUAUACACUAAAACUGGAGAUAAAGGGUAUUCCAGCACUUUCACUGGGGAAAGACGACCAAAGGAAAACCAGGUCUUUGACGCAUUGGGAAACACAGACGAACUUUCAUCAGCCAUUGGUUUGGCCAGAGAAUAUUGUCUUGAAAAAGGACACGCGUUCACUGACCAGCUUGACAAGAUACAGUGUACUUUACAAGAUGUGGGUUCUAACAUUGCUACACCUCCAUCAUCAGCAAGAGACAGUCACAUAAAGAAAACACAAUUUACCAAUUCAUCAACUGCGGAUUUGGAAAACUGGAUAGACCAAUUUACAGAAGAACUUCCUCCUCUAACCAAUUUUAUUCUACCUUCUGGAGGAAAGAGCAGCGCCUCUUUGCACUUAGCUCGGACAAUAUGCCGAAGAGCAGAGCGCAGCGUGGCUCCAAUUGUGAGGUCUGGGGAGGCAGAUCCAGGUGUUGCCAAGUUUUUAAACAGAUUGAGCGAUUACCUUUUCACUGUAGCCAGAUAUGCAGCAAUGAAAGAAGGACAAAUGGAAAAAAUCUACAAGAGGCCUCAAUAA